UGAAAGAAUUGUAUUAAAACAAAUAACAUUCCAGUGGAUGGGAAGAACUCUACAACUUCAGUUCAUUCUAGCAACCAAAUAUAAGAUAUUUCUGUUAAAAGUGAAAAACUGGCAUUUAAAAUGGAUUGGUAUUCAUAAUUGUUAUUUAAGGAUCUCGCCUCUUCCAGCUUUUCACAUUGUCAAAGAAUGUAUCAACUUUGAGGGAGUUCCAUAAGAGCAAAGCAAAUAACACGUAGACAGGCAUAAAUCAACAAGUAUGCUGCAUAAGAAAACGUUCACCUGGGGAGUGAGAUUCCAGUGUUGACUUCUAAUUUCUGGUGGUGGCACUCCUUGAGGUCUUCUCUCUUGGAUUUGCGGUUGCUGAUGCUGAAGCUGAGCGUCACUUCGGCUGCCACGGCAGACAUGGCGACAUUGACGGUGGUCCAGCCGCUCACUCUGGACAGAGAUGUUGCCAGAGCAAUUGAAUUACUGGAAAAACUGCAGGAAUCUGGAGAAGUACCAGUGCACAAGCUACAAUCCCUCAAAAAAGUGCUCCAGAGUGAGUUUUGUACUGCUAUUCGAGAGGUGUAUCAAUAUAUGCAUGAAACGAUAACUGUUAAUGGCUGUCCCGAAUUCCGUGCCAGGGCCACAGCAAAGGCAACAGUUGCAGCUUUUGCAGCUAGUGAAGGCCACUCCCACCCUCGGGUAGUCGAGCUGCCAAAAACAGAUGAAGGCCUUGGUUUUAAUGUGAUGGGAGGAAAGGAGCAAAAUUCCCCCAUUUAUAUCUCUCGCAUCAUUCCUGGAGGGGUGGCCGAAAGACACGGAGGCCUCAAGCGAGGAGACCAGCUACUAUCAGUGAAUGGAGUGAGUGUGGAAGGAGAACACCAUGAGAAAGCUGUGGAACUACUCAAGGCUGCUAAGGACAGCGUCAAGCUGGUGGUCCGAUACACCCCGAAAGUCUUGGAAGAAAUGGAGGCUCGCUUUGAAAAGCUACGGACAGCCCGGCGUCGGCAGCAGCAACAACUGCUAAUUCAACAACAGCAACAGCAGCGGCAGCAACAAACACAGCAAAACCACAUGUCAUAGGUCCUUGAAGCUACUUGAUCAAACACCCAAUAGUCACAAGUUUGAAACCGUGCUUCAGAAUCCCAGCACAUAGUAAAGGAAAAGACAACACUGAUAAUUAUACCUGUCAAGAAACUGUGAACACGUGGUGUAUAAAUUCUUUACCAAGGCAACUCGACACCUUCUUUCUCUGGGGCUGAACCCCCGCUGCUCACGUGCUUUUUACAAACACAGACCUUCCAUUCACUGCAGUGGGAAUUCUCAGUGUGUAAAAGGAGAGGUUUUCCAGUCUGCAGACUGAAACAGAAUAAGAAGAAUAAAGUCCAUGACUUUCAGAUAAAUCACCAGGGCCAGGGUUAAGUGAAUCUUGGGUCUAUAGCUUUUCCAGAGAUUAACAAAUCCCUCAUUAGGCUAUAGUUCAAACUGCAUCAGUUCAAGGUUGUCGCCACUUAAAAGAAACCUACACAUUGCCCCUCACCCGGACCUGUUCCACGUCUGUAUUGCUGAGUUGUCUGAAUUAGAAUUCCAGUUAAUUGCAAAUUCAACCUCUGUUCCCCUCUUGAAAAUGGCAAGUUAUUAUACUAUAUUUAUACUCAAUUCAGGUUCUAGAAGCAUUUGGCUUUUUAUUUUCUGUUUCCAUGAAUUUUAUUAUGCAUUAAUAGAGUGGGCAACUUCAGCUCAACUUUUAGUUAGUUAAAUGCAAGGAUAGAGAACUCUAGUACUGUUUUUUGUUUUUUUUUUUUAAUUUAAGUCUUGCUUGUAUCUAUUCUUAUUAAGUCUAACAGAAUAUAAUGUCUUUUAUUCCACAAAAUAUAUAUUAUCAGAGUGUAUUUGUUACAAACUUAGGUCUUUUCUUACCAAGUGUUAUGAAUCUGGUAAGAGAAUAGUAGCAAAGGACCCAGCUUCAUGAACUGAUCCUUGUAUGAUAUUUAUAUAUAACCCUGCUCUCAAUAUUUUUUGUUAAUUUUAUAUUUUUGAUUGAUAAUCUGGAGAAAUCUAAACUCUUUUUACCUACACUGAUGUGCUGUCAUAGAAGUCUGUUUGAUAUUUUAAAGCUUAGGGCUUUACAAAACUAAAUUAUGGAUGUGCAUGUAUAUAUAUACAAAUAUAUGUCAUACCAAAUCUAGAUUUUUCCCAAGUAUAAACUGGAUAUGUUUGGCAAUAUAAGAUCACAAGUAUUAUUCCUCUUAAAAUUAGGCAUAUGGAAACCAGAGAUAUUAAUAUUGUGAAUGAAAAGAUAUUGCUGCUUCUAGGGUAAAAAUAUACCUACUUCAUUACACAUAUUCAUGUAGGUAAACAGACAGUGAGAUAUCAUCUUUCAGAAAGUAUCAUUUACUGUAAAACGAUCUGUUAGAAUCAUCUAUACUGAUCAUAACUUUUAACUUGUGAAUCUAGGCACAUAAGUCUGAUCUUACUUUAUGGAAUUAGCAGGAAGCAAUAAUUAUUUGGGCACUUAAAUACCUUAGCCACACAAAUGUACCUGAAGAAGGAAUAAAUGUCCAGUUGAAACAUUCUAGGGAGAUCAUUAAAACUUGAGGCAAAUAUUUGAAAAGUCCCUUUUCUCAAAUGAAGAAACUGAUUCCCCAAGACACAAUAAAUUUCACAUUUCAGAGAGUCCCUCAAAUUAGAAAUUUAUGAAGCUCAGUUUAGGAACUGUGUUCUUGAAAAUAAAACCAGUUGGAACUACCCCACGUGUUUCAUGUUGCCCUGUCGGGUGGUAUUGUUGUCAAUACCAAGUUCUGCCCACUCUUCAUAGUCCAUCACUCAACAGAGGACAAACAGUAAGGAAACCAGGAGGUGCACCUAUUUCAUCAACGUCCUGCCGUGGUAACAGAUUCCCAUUCCUGAACACGUGUAUCAUUUUUUACUAGAGAGAACUGGGGUGGGGGUGGGGCAAGGGUGAGGACCCUGAAUGUUAUGUAAAAUAGGGUUACAAAAGAGGUAAGCAUGACUAAGGGAAUGAAUGAAGAAUACGGGAGUAGUAUUCAGUUUGAGAGAGGUAGUUCCCAUUUUUAUAAGAAAAAUUUAAUACAACAUAUAUUUUAGUUAUCAUUUAACAGAAAAAUAUUCAUGCUAUUCAGGCUAUGCCACAGACUCUCAUAAAGGGAAAUCACUGCACCCUUGUGAUGAGGAAAUGGUCAUUUCAGCACAUCUCAGUACACUGUAUAAAUUUGGAGCUUAAGGUAUGUUUUCGUUUAGCCGUAAGUGGUUGGUUAGUAUUAAAUUAUCAUCUGUUUUCAUGUCAAUAUAAAUAUUGUCAUGGUGUUACAGAAGCAACUGUCAAAUGGGCAGACAGCUUACAUUUGUGUUUUCUGGAAACCUUUGUAUUUUAUGCUUCAUUUGCAUAAUGUUUUGUGCUAAUAAAUGUAUGCCAAGUCGUUUGUCCAAGUGAAGGGGCAAUCCAUCACACCUAAGGCAUCUAAGGACAGAUUACAUGUCACACUAGUCCUGUUUACAAAUGACCAGUCAGAUGGCCAGUUUUCUUCAGUAAAAUCUAGUUAUGAAAUGUAAGCCUUCCCCUAAAGUUUUCGUCAAAAGUAGCCAUCCCUAAGACUUAGAGAGGCUGCUUGUGGUUGUCUAAAGGUUCACUGAAGCCAGAGGGAAAAGGAAGAAAAUGACCACAACUUGUAUUAAUGCCUUUUAUUAUUACUGAUCAUAUUAGAGCCACUGACAAGUCCAAAAUCAUAUUAAAAUGAAGACAUAUCAUGUUGCUCCUACAUGAAGCUUUACUAUAAACAAAUGAGAUAUUAAAAGUUGGGGGAAAAUCUGUUGUGACUAUUCAUCAGUGAUCCUGGUGAAUUUUAAUUCUUUCCCUUGACCUAACUGGUGGCCAGAGUUUUCUAAACUCUUUCCUGCUGUGAUUUUGAAGGAAAAUUACACAGAGCAUAGUUCAGUAAAAGAAUCCUUAAACCUUUUCAUUGAGGCAUUUACAUUUUGAUUCUGUUGCCAUUUGAAAUGGAACAUCCACAGGGAGAUAAUAAGCUUAAAUUACAAUUGACUUUGGAAAGAAUAACAGAUUUUGUGCUUCCUCAAUCAUGUAAUCAAUAGGGAAUUCUCUAGUUAUGUGAACUACCACUAUCUUUUAAGACAAUGCUAAAAUCUAAAUACAAAAUCUAUCAUUCAGGAGCUUUUUAAGAAUUCAAGGCUGUCUCUGAAGAACUUGGCUGGAGAUGGAUUAUACCAAUUUACAAAUGCAGUUUUCAACCAUGACAAAUCAAACUGAUCUGAUCUCAGUUCAUUUUACUCAGCUGUGCCCAUGGGACUCUGAGACGUUGGAAUACUUUGUCUACAUUAUUUUUAACAUCUAUAGAUAUUUGUGGAUGUGUGAAUAAUGCUUGAAUUUCUCAUCUUUUGCCUAGUUUGUGCUUAUCACACAGACACAGCCUGUUAGUAAGACCAGCUUUAACAGCAUCAUGAAGUAGAAAUCAAUGCUCUAAGGAUUCAGGGAGGCCAAUGUAAGGCAAAAUCUCCUGAAACAUGGGGUAGUCCUACCCAUCUCAUCCCUCUCUAGAUCAUAAAAUCCCUGAGAAAGGGCUAUAACCGCCUUGUGGACUGCUGUAUCCCUAGCAUCAGGGAUAAUGCCAGCACAGUAGAGGCGCUCAAUUAACAUUUGUUGAAUGAAUGGACAACUAAAUAAAUGAAUGAAAUUAGACAAAUAAAUGAAUUUUGCCUUCUGAUAAUUUGAAAAAUUUCACCAAUUUAUAUUAUCCUGAUUGGCAUUAUAAUUUCUGAAUUACAUAAUUAGAACCAGAAUUGACUCUUUAUAAAUACUUUUUAGAUAUAUGAAUUUGGAAUCAAUUACUUCAAAGGCUUCCAGGGUUUGAGAACACUUAGAUAGGAAUGUUUGGGGAUUCAGAGUUUUUACAAUGAAUAAAACUCAACUUUUCUAGUUAUUUAUGAAAGCUCCCUUAGUUAUAUGACAAGGAUGAUCCAAACAUGGAACUCCAUUUAUAAAUUUUGUAAAAUAUUUUCAUUUUUAAAAAAGAAAAAAAUUCAUAUCAUCAAGCAUAUUAUUAAUAUGUCCUUCAAUAUAUAUUAACCACUUUUCUCUAAGGCUUGCAUUGUAAUUGGAGAUACCAUCUCUAAAUCUUUUCCUGCUUUCAAAAGAUCACUUCUCCUUUCUUACUUGAUUCUUAGAACGUACCUGAGCUAAAGAUUAAUCACAUAGCAGCUAAGUCUUUUCCAUGUGUUUAUUCAUCUAACAAAUAUUUAUUGUAUACCUAGUAUAUGCUAGGUUUUGGAAAUACAAUGGCAAACAAGACAGAUGCAGCACCCCCAUGGAGUUUGCUGUGAGGAGCUCCUCAACAUUUGCUCUAGCAAUAACUAGGGUUACUGUCUAAUGGAUCCUUCACAGCUAAUAGAAGAAAUGAAAUCCCUUACCCCAUGGAAAACAUGAAAGACUCUCUGCACACAUUUAUGUGAACUUGCUUUUCUAAACACGCCACUCAAAAAUGCUGCUCAGUGUACCCAAACACCAUAGUUAUACCCCAGUGAGGUAGGUAAUAAUUUAUUCAUAACUAACACUUAUUUAGCUCUUACUAAGUUCUGCUGUGCUCAGUACAUUCAUACACUGUAUCAUUGAAUCCCUUCAACAACUCUUAUUUAGUAGGUUCCAUUUUAUAGACAAGAAAACUGAAGCACAGAUAUGUGACCUGUCCAAGGUCACACACUUAGCAGAUGGAACUGGGAUUUGAACCCACACAGUAUAACACAAAAGCUCAUGUGUCUAAGCGUUAUCUGUGGCUUGGGGGACAUCAUUACAUUAAAAUAAAUGUCAGUAAAAUAAAUGGGUCACUGUAUAUAAAAGUUCUUUGAAAUUGUAAAGUAGUAUAUAAAAGAUAUUAGUAAGUAUUAUGAUCAACAACCACAUCAGUGGCAGAAAAACAGAGUGAGAACUCAAUCUUAAGUUGCAGCUUACCCCUCAUGAAGAACAUUUCAAGCCAGGGAAAUGGAUAAAAGUACAGAUCCAGAAAAUUUCUGACAUGUGAUAAAUAUUGCAAUGACUUUUCAGAAUUACUUCUUGUUAGCCACUGUGUCUAUUUGGUGCUACAAAAAACAAAAAAAAAACUGAAAGAACAAAAUCCCUUGCUAUAAGGGCUUAUAAUAAAUACACAAUGUGGAGAUGAAUCAAGGAUAUUCCACAUUUAUGGGGAAAGAUUGGGCCAUAGUACUAUUUUCUCACCAUUACAUGUGAUCUUGUCUUUCUAAUUGUUUUCAUUAUUUUUCUGAAAGAGCUGCAAAAUUGUGCAGUGGUUCAGCCUGACCAAAGUGGUAAUAUGCUGCUGGGAAGUAAAAGUAUUAGAUACCA